UGGAAGGGAGUGUGUGAGAUUGCAGCUGGCGCUGAGAGAACUUCUACUGAGCUUCUUCUACCUGCAGGCAGGAACACCAUGAGCUCCCAGUUUAACAAGGGCCCGUCCUAUGGCCUGUCUGCCGAAGUCAAGAACAAGUUGGCACAGAAAUAUGACCCCCAAAAGGAGACAGAAUUAAAAGUAUGGAUAGAAGAAGUAACAGGAAUGUCCAUUGGGCCAGACUUCCAGAAAGGAUUAAAAGACGGCGUCAUUCUAUGCGAGCUUAUGAACAAAUUAAGACCACGUGCCAUCCCAAAAGUGAAUGUCUCCCGACAGAACUGGCACCAGCUGGAGAAUCUCUCCAACUUCAUUAAAGCAAUGAGUCUUUAUGGAAUGAAAUCGGUGGAUCUUUUUGAAGCCAAUGACCUUUUUGAGAAUGGCAACAUGACUCAAGUACAGGUGUCUUUGCUGUCACUUGCUGGUCUGGCGAAGACGCAAGGUUUGCAGAGUGUAGACAUCGGGGUGAAAUACUCAGAGAAAAAGGAGCGGAAUUUUGAUGAUAAUACAAAGAAAGCAGGAAACUGUGUCAUUGGGCUGCAGAUGGGCACAAAUAAAUGUCCACAGUCUGGCAUGACAGCAUAUGGCACAAGGAGGCAUCUGUAUGACCCCAAGAACACAAUCCUACCACCAAUGGACCAUUCCACCAUCAGCCUACAGAUGGGCAGCAACAAAGGAGCCAGCCAGGUGGGCAUGACAGCUCCUGGCACUCGGCGUCACAUCUACGACACCAAGUCUGGAACUGAGAAGUGUGACAAUUCAUCUAUGUCACUGCAGAUGGGAUACACCCAGGGAGCCAACCAGAGCGGUCAGAUUUUUGGGCUUGGCAGGCAGAUCUAUGACCCAAAAUACUGCCCCACGGGUAAUCGAGAUGAUCUGCCUCAUGAUGAAAAUGAACAAGAACAGUACCAGCAGGACUUCUGAACCCGUGUAUGGGGCGACAUUGCCAUUACGACCAAUAAGAGCUACCUUAAAAUUUGAAAAGGUGUACCAAAUUAGAAAUAUUUCCCUUAUUUAUCCUCGGUUGCACACAAUAACUGGACUUCAUGUUAAAUCUUGCAUUAGAAUGUAUAAAGAUUCCAAAGAUUAUUUUUAUUGCAAAAGAAAAACUGUUGAAGAAAAUAAUCAGGUUGAAGGGUCUGCCAUUUUACUCCAUAAUAGAUGCCUUUACAGUGUUUGCUAGUUAGAGAUUGUCUAACUGUAAUUUGCAGGCAUAAACUUCAGAAUUCCUUUCUGCUGAUCCUCCAGAGUAGUGCCUUACAUUUUAAACCACAGAGCAGAUAAUACCGCCUUUAAUAUUCUGCUGUGAGGGAUGAUUAAACAGGUUUUCUCUUCCAGCCCAUUGCCAUAAGGAUAACUUCAAAAAGAGAAACAUGCAGAGAGCCAAAGCUCUUUGUAUUUAUAUACUAAUGAUAUUUGAGAUAAUAUUGGAAUCUACUUAAAGAAACAAUGACUUGCACUGGAGGUUUGCAAGAAAUCCCUAUGCAAGCUAAUGGUUUUGAUUCCAUGGGUAUUCAUGGAUGAAAAGAGGAGAUCAUCUUACUUUAAAUUCCUCUCUGCCUGGUGCUUUGAGAUGAAAUGACCAAGCACCAUGCUUUGCAGGUCUUUUCUAAUGUGAAUGGACCAAACACAGUUUGUAAAAGGAAACAUUCUGUACAGGAAUUAAAUUUGUAUUGUUUGUAUAUUUUAAUACUUUAUUAAAGUAUUUCCUCUUAUAAUACCAUUGCCUAGGAAGUGGAGUGGCUAUAUUGGAUACUAAUUUUUGGGGUUAUGCGCCCCUCCUGCAUAUGCUGAUAAAUACUAUUGCAGCUUUUUUGACCCCAGGAACAUACAUUACCUAUCUUUCCAUGUAGCAAAGUAGCAGGAGUCUGAGUUUGCCUGAUACACAGCACUAUAUGUGCAGUGUUAAGACAAGCUAAUAAUCAUUGUAGCCCAAACUCCACUGUGUUAAGCAAUGAGAUUUUAGAGCCUUACUGCCUCAAGAACUGCACCAAAAUACUGCACAUGCUGCCUUAUGCCUGUUACAAGUCUUUGUAGUUUAUUGUGACUAGUGUGUGUGACUGGGAGAAGUUCCAUCCUCUAGUUUCUCCAGCCCCUGCCUCAAGUUUUAUUAUAAACAAUGUUUAUAUAGGUCAGAAAUGUGUUUGCCAUGGUUGAUUAUAAAUGCUGAUAAUGCUGACCAAUGUAGAUUAUGUUACUUGUAGAAGGCAAUCAAACACUCUUCAAGUGAUUUUAUAUAAAGGAACAGGCAUGUUGAGCUACUUUUCAAUAAUGUUAUUCUCAUUGACUAAAUGUCCUCAUUUUUUACAGGUAACUUGUCUACAGAACCAAAAUCUUGAUCAUUGUUUAGUGCUAAAUGUUUUCAUUCUAAUACAGGGUUUGGCUUUUUAAUUUCUUUAUCUUUAUAAAAAAAAGUUUUUUUUAUCCUUUCAGUUUCUGUAAAAUAUCUAUUGGAUGUGUAAUAUGGGCCAAAACUUUUAAUAAGUUGUCUGUGAACAGGAUUCAUGCCUAUAAUACUGUAACUAGAUGACUUUACUUUUGAGUUGUGUAUACCACAUUUAACAAGCUGCAUUAGGAGUUCUAUGAUAAAACAUAGCUUUUAUUUGCAUUUCAUAGGUCAGAAUCCCACACUACAGCUCAAACACAAAUU